UUCUUCACCGCAAUACCAAGUAUGAAUUAUUUUAUCUUAUGAACCUUUCCCGAGAGCCUUGCAAACCUCCGGAAGUCCCCCGUCGCUUUAGGGGCUCGCGCCGCCAAAUCUUCUUUCGCCACCCUAGGUACCACAACUCAAACAAUGUACUCCUUAAACUUUUCGCACCCGAUGUAGGGCAAUCAUCCCAGAAUUAUAGCUUAUAUGCUGGGUAUGCUCUGCAAGCCUGUGGUAUAAUUGCAGGAAAUUGCUGGGACAGAUGGCUAUUAGAGGCUAGAGAUAGUAAUUCCUCGGCUCUAGUUAAUUCUACCAGCACUCUAGACAAGAGCAGUUAUUACUUCCACCUACCUCUAAUACCAAGCAACGUGAACGCCAGCCUUCCAUAUCCAAUCGUGCCAACUUUUCGCAAGUGGCGUUUUCCACACGAUUAA